AUGGUAAGUCCCGCGUGGGCUGAAGGUGAGCGGGACUGGGUCAGCUUGAAUUGCGCAGGACAGGCUUUUAGAAGGUUUCUUCCCCUCUUUGACCGAGUAUUGGUGGAACGGAGUGCAGCUGAAACUGUAACCAAAGGAGGCAUUAUGCUUCCAGAAAAAUCUCAAGGAAAAGUAUUGCAAGCAACAGUAGUAGCUGUUGGAUCCGGAUCUAAAGGAAAGGGUGGAGAAAUUCAGCCCGUCAGUGUGAAGGUUGGAGACAAAGUUCUUCUUCCAGAAUAUGGGGGCACCAAAGUAGUUAUAGAUGACAAGGAUUAUUUCUUAUUUAGAGAUGGUGACAUUCUUGGGAAGUAUGUGGACUGA